UCUUUCGACAGGUACAAGUGCUUUUUUUAUUUGCCGUCGUUGUUUGAACUGGUGUUUUCGUCAAGUGUUACCUCAGCUGCCGGUCAUGAACAAGGGAUUCUUAGCUUGUGUUUUCCUUAUCGUCGCUGUUUCAGUGGCAGCGGCGGACAUCGAAUGUUACGUUUGCAAGACGAGUGAACAUCCAGCCUGUGCCGACCCUUUCGAUCACGCCAAGGCCAAGAAAAAUGGUCAUCUCAUCACGUGCAAUCACGAUUACUUCAAGAACAACAAGACAACUGGCUCUGUACCUCCUCCAGGGGCUGAAUUCUUCUGCCGCAAGGGCUUCCAAGCUGUGAAGGGCAAGAAUGAUAUUUACCGUUCCUGCGGCUGGGAGCAAUAUUACAUCGAGGGACGCCAGUGCUACUUCACCUCGGUUGAGGAGGUGAAAACGACCCAGUGCUCCUGUGUCGAUAAUGGUUGCAACGAUGGUACCAUGCUCGCGGUGCCGUUUACGCUUUUGAUGGCGGCGUUGGCGGCUACGAGGAUUUGAAGGGCGCCUCGGUUCUCGCGUUUCCCGUGUGCCUCGUGGUAGUUCGUUGUGGCGAUAUUUUUUCUGUUCGUUCGUUGUCUUGACAGAGGCUUUGCUCUUCUUACGUUUAGAGCUCUCUAGUCUUUUGUAUCCCACCUGGAUUUGUUUAGAUUUUCACAUGCGUGCUUAGAGUUGAGAUUUUUUGAAUCUGCUUCUUGCAAUUGAGGUUAAGGAAACCUCGGGGAAUCGUUUUUUUUUUUUUUUUUCAAACCAGCCCAACUGCAACGAAUCUCACCUUUUUCUACAGUGACACCAGAAUUUUUUUAUGGAAUUCAAUUUGAAAAGACUUCUCCCCUGUAAAUGCGAACACUGCAACAAACUCAGUUCUGUAAGCUUGAGUGGACAUUACAUGACGUUCAAAGGAAAUCAUGAACAUUUCGAGACCAACAACGCAAGAGUGAUGAAACUCGAAGUCGAUGAAAGAGCGUGUACCAUUGCUUUGCAUCAGAAGCAAUGUACAGAAAUGUCUGUAUGCUAUUAAUUCAAACUAGAAUAAUUGAAAUCAGGUUUUUUUUUGUUGAAUCGUCAACACUUUUUCUGCGUAUCUUUCAUUUAUAAGAAUAGAAUUGGAUUCCAGGCUCUUGAAGUUUUCGGAUGUUAGUGUUUUUUUUUCCUUUUUGGCUUUUGGGAAGAAAUUUUCGAAUCAGUCUUGACGAUUAAGCUAGUUAUUGUAUUAUUUGUUUGAAAGAUACUAUCCCGUUUAAAUUUGAUAGCAAUAUUAAGCCCAUUGGAGCUUUGACGUGUUUGAAUCAUGGAUUUUUUUGUGGGAAUCGGUAAUCAAAACUUGGAAUCUGUAACGGCGUUAGUGCAAUAUUGCUUUCAUCCCCGCCAGACGGAAAAAGGCAAAUAAAUGGCUCUGAUUCGAACACGUCCAAGGUCCAAGAUAUGAGAAGAAAUUGAGUACAAAAAUUUGUUCUCGGCGUGUUUUGAACCUUCGUUAAUCACAGGUGCUCAAAAGUUUCGUUAGUAGUCAAACCAAGGUCGCUGUGGUCAUAUAUUUCGGUUUUCAGUCUAUUUUGCUUGGUGUGACUCUUUUUAAAGAGCUGUCUUGAGAAAAUGUAUCCGAAGUUUUGAGUGGAAUAGAACCUUUUUUUUUCAAGUGCAUGAAGCUUAACCUGAUCAUUGGACUUCCGGUGCUAACAUAGGAAACUCGUGUGGGAUUUUUUUUGUCGCUAAGUAGAGAGUGAUUGACGGAAUUGGCGUGUUUUUAACCUCUAUCUUGGUUUGUUGUAGCGAGAGGAAUAAAAAUGAGUUUCAACUCUU